AUGAAAUAUAAGCAAUUAAAUCCUAAAUCUGUUCGGCAAUUAUCGACACAUAAGAUAUCAUAUUGUGCUGAUAAACAUCGCGUACGUUGCUCAUUAUGUGACUCAUUACUCAAAGCUUCAACGAGUCAUCGAUAUUUACUCGGAGGCAAAUCGAUUCAUGAAAACUUAGAUAAAAAUAUAACUUACAAUGAAUGUUGUCAACGAUUUCUAAAUGGAACCUAUGAAUCAGAUAAAUUAAAAAUGAUAUGUCUCAAAUGUUGUCAGGAUCUACAGCGGGUCUAUACAUUGCAUAAAGAUGCCGAAGAUUUAACGACAAAAAUUCGUCAUACGUGGCAUAAAACAAAACGAUUAAAUCGAGCUCGCCAUUUCCAUUUAAAAUUUCCAACAAUCAAUGAAAACGCUUCAUCGUAUCCUCUGCCGACAACGGCUACCGAUGAUAAUAUUACUAUAACAAUUAAAGAAGAACUUGACAUCGAACAAGUGCCCGAUGAAAUAAAACUACCAAUGGAACGAUCGCCCAUUGCUGUAUCUGAAACAGUACUUGCAAAUACUCCAUACGAUCUGUCAAACGCUCAAUCUAUACAUAAUAAGAUACACCUAUUAAAAGUGACUCAUCCAUUAUACGAUAAAAAUAAUGAAAUAAUUGAUAACUCUAAAAGUAAACCUCGUACUAAAAAACAAUUACAGCUACUAUCGAAAACAAAAAAUAUUAAUUUAUGCCAAUCAAAACAAUCUGAUCCGAAGCAAGAUUUCACAUCAUACGUGCCAAAGUCGACAUCUCAUUCAAGAAUUCCAAAUUCACAUGAAUAUUAUCCAACUAACUUAUUGAAUUCGGCAAUCAAUAAUCAAACGACUUCAGCUUACACUCAACUUAUGAUUAAUUCAUCGUCGCCAUCAGGUCAUCCACAACAAUCAGAAAUAAGACGUUGUAGUAGUUCAACGCAUGAACAAGCACCAUUAACAAUAAAUUAUCAACCAUCUAGCGAUGGUGAACAAUCUUUUUCACCCAAUACAAACGAUGAUGAAACUUCAUCAGUCAAUGGAACGAAAGGUACACGUUUAAGUCGUCGUCAAUAUGGAUUUUUAGUUAAAUUGCCUGAUCAACAAUCGUUGAAUGCGUUCAUCGAAACUUCAUCAUCGGAGUCUGGCUCGCGUUGGACUUGGCGAAGAACAUCGGCGAAUUCACGCGGCUACAAGGUCUAUUAUGUUUGUAAUUUUUCUAUGCGUCGUCAUUAUCAUCCAUGUCCGGCCGCAAUGUACGCAUUGUUUCAUCCGGAAGGAAGUAUAUCAAUUUAUUCAUGUGGACAACAUCAACAUAUUCCCAAAGAUCGUCUUCCAGUUAGUAUUACAGAUGCAACUAAAGAUGAAAUAUUUAAAUGUUUACAAAUCGGUAUGGCAACCACAGAAAUUCGCGAGCAUUUAACACGUCUACAAUUACCAUUUGGUGACGCAAGAAAACUGAAUAAUUUUAUUAAAUAUCAUAAAGAAUUAUUACGUUUCGGUACAGUAACGAAUGUUCGAAUAGGUGGAACAGCAUAUCGUCAGCCACAAUGUUGGGCAAUUCGCCGGCAAACACAAGCACCACCAUCAACAUCUACCGUCGAUGAUGAUAAUAAUGCAACGACAGCAACAACAUCUUAA